AUUUUAAACAACUCAAAUUUAAUCCAGACGGAACCUUAGCAAAUUGCGAGAUACCAUGUAUUUGGAAAGCAAAGGAAAUAAAACGUUUAACGUUUAGAGAUCUUAAAAGUGCUGAUGCUCUUUUUUGUGUUAAUCAACCAGGCCUACCAAAAAAGAAAGCACGGAAAGGACAAAAGUUCAUACAGUAUACUUUAGAACCUAAGACUCAUUGUCCAGAAUGUUACGAUAAAGCUCGCAUGUUUGAUAUCCACGCAACUUAUGAUGAAAAUUCAGAAUUACCUACAA